AUGGAAGAUCAUCUCUUUCACAAACUCAAAAAACCUCUCUUUUCCAUUCUCUUCAUACUACCUACACCUUUCCUUGCUCUUCUCUUUCUCUUUCUCUUAUCUUACAAUGCUUUCUCCAUUUUCACCCUUCACAUUCCUCAUCAUGAUCAUUCCUUACAUAAAUCUCUCCAUCUUCCACCACCAUCUCACACCAAAAUCAAUCUAUCUUCUUCCGUCUUCUUCGCCCUCCACGAAGAUUCAUCGCCAAUCAUCAACAAAAGAGAUAAGAAACACAAACAUGGCCUAUUCACCUUGCCUUCUGAAACAAGUUUCCCACUCUUCGAAAAAAGACUCAAUGCGUUUUUCACUUCAAAGUCCUCUUCUUCUUCUUCAUGCGAGGUUAGGUUUUUCAUGACUUGGAUUUCACCCUUGAAAUCAUUUGGUGAGAGAGAGUUCUUAUCAAUUGAAAGCUUGUUCAAGUCACACCCAAAAGCUUGUUUGGUGAUAGUUUCAAAGUCAAUGGAUUCACAAAAAGGAGCUCAAAUUCUUAGACCCUUUAUCAAAAAUGGCUUUAGAGUCAUUGCUAUUGAACCUGAUUUCAACUAUAUAUUCAAAAACACGCACGCCGAAUCAUGGUUUAAUCGAUUAAAACAAGGGAAUAUGAAUCCAGGUGAAAUCUCUCUAGGCCAAAACCUCUCGAAUUUACUUCGACUUUCUCUCUUGUAUAAACAUGGAGGCAUAUAUAUAGACGCCGAUGUAAUGAUCUUGAAGAGUUUUUCAAAUCUCAGAAACACUAUUGGAGCACAAAACAUUGAUUCAAAAACAAAGAAAUGGAGUCGUUUGAACAAUGCUGUAUUAAUAUUUGACAAAAACCACCCUUUGCUUUGGAAGUUCAUUGAGGAAUUUGCCCUAACUUUUGAUGGAAACAAGUGGGGGCAUAAUGGUCCUUACUUAAUAUCUAGAGUAGUUUCUAGAGUGAGUGGAAGAGAAGGGUUUAAUUUUUCUAUAGUUCCACCUUCUGCAUUUUAUCCUGUGGAUUGGAGAGCUAUCAAGAGUUUGUUUAAAGAUGAGAUUCAUUCAAAAUGGUUGGUUAAGAAAAUGAAGCAAAUUAGAGAAGAAAGUUUUGCAUUGCACCUUUGGAAUAGACAAAGUAGGGAUCUUAAGGUUGUAAAAGGAAGCAUUGUUGAUAAUAUCAUAUCUAGUUGUUGUAUCUUUUGCAACACUUAG